GUGGCCUUUUCCUUUCUGUGUCAACUGUAGUUUUUCACAACAGUUGUACAUCGUCCCGUAACUUCUAGUACAUAAAUACGCUGACCCUUGUGCCAUACGUACGAAAUACAAAUAGUUGUUCCGCUGGGUGAUUUCCGUUUGGAAGAGAACCAUAUAAACAAAAAGAUCAAGAAGUCACUCGUGCUCGUGCGGAGGUCCUAGCGACACAGGCAUUCUGGGUCCGGCGCUUGGAUGGUGCCUUCUUUUCUUCGAUCACGUAGACGUACUACAGAGGCAGAAAUACAACCAUAACGCCCCCGGUACCUACCAGAUCGCGCCACCAUGAGCUCGAUCACGACCGGCGCAGAUCCGCCGCCACCCGCAGUCCCGCCACCAGUUGCAAUAGCGUCGUCCCCGCCGGUAUCCGAUACAAAUUUUCCGCACACUUACAAAUAAACUAAAACACGACAUGAAGUCAUCAAAUUGAAAUCUCGCUGUUUUUCUAGAGCAUACGAGCUACUUGUCAUGCUGAAUAGAAGCGGAGAGACACAUCAGAGCAACAGUUCUUUCAUGCAGAUGCCGCUUAGAAGUUUGUACGUCGUGUAGGUGGAAUUAUUUCGUGUCAAUAUCCGGCGUUGGCCCCGCAGGCUCUGGAAGGCACGAGGCUGGAUCGGUUCGGAUUUGUUGGCGCCUGCGAAAGCCUGCUCGCCACGUCCGGUGGCUGUGCGCACAGCAAAGAGGACCUGCAUUCGCUCUUCGACUUCCUCACGAAUCUUAACGUCAGCAAUGUAGCUGCGGUCAGUGUGCAGCAGGCUGGCGGAGCAGGAGCCCUUGGUGCUGGAGCGAUCACGACUACAGGACAUAAUAAUGCGGAAGAUGGUGGUGCAAGAACUAGUACCAGCAGUACCAAGCAAGCCUCGUCCUCGUCAACGUCAACCACGCCGGAAAACUUCGAGAAGCUGCUGAAAGCGGUCGGGCAACUGCCAAAAUGGUCGGACGAGUACCCGGUGGUGAUAUCGAGUAACUCCCCGCUACCGAAGGUCCGGAUGUGGCUGUUAAAGCACUCCUGGAUCAUUUUCGACCUCGCGAACCACCUAACCGCGCCGCCCAACGCGCCAAGACCAAACGCGCUCUCUGCGACGACGCAAAGUUUGUCCCGCCUGGAGCUGGAGGAACGGCUGUCCAUCAUUCCACCGACUUUUCUUCCGAAGACGGCGCGCUCCGAAUUGUGGCGCACACUGGCGGUGAACGAGAAGGUGCUGGUGUCGGAUUUCCUCUCGGCAGUUCUGGACUCCGCAGAAUACCGGCAGAGCUUGAAGGCGCGACUUUUGAAAGUCGUUUUCCGGGCGACUAAGGUAUAGGAUUCUAUUCAGAUACAGAUUGUCAAAGAAGUAUGCUUCUCUUCUUAGUGCGUAUGGCUAAGUUCUUUGUGCAACUUGGUUUACACUCAGUGUCAGUGCAAGUAGUAGUGCAAGACACAUUAAUUUUAUAGCUCCGACUUGUUCAUCCAAUCCACAGAACAAACCCGGCAGCCUGGUGGACCGCUUCCUCGCUGCUGACGCCAAGAAGAGCGGGUUUCUUAUCAUGUGCAAGAGUUCUUGUAUCGUACCAGUAUAUAUAAUCAAUAUCAAGUGAAUUGCAUAUACAUCUUUGUUUGAUGGGCAAUGAAAAAUGGAGUUAGUCCUGAGAGUUUACCUUGUGCUAAAGCAGAUUGGUCAUGCCCAUGGCUAUAAAAACAAAAAGUACUCAUGCAAUUGGUACGAACACGAUUUUUUUGCGCUGCAUAUUUCUAACCGACGAGCAAAUCGGUCAGAUUUUGACGGCGACAGUCGGCCGCGUCUUUCUCGCCAAAGAGGACUUGCGGGUGCUGGGGAACGAUUUAUGCUCUGCAAAAGUAUCGUACCCGUAGUAUAUUGCAGUCAUGCAUUACAAAUUUUUUUCUUCUGGUAAAUCGAAAUCCACAUUACAAAUUUCAUUUCUAAUGCUGAGGAGAUUUGUCAUGCAUUUCCACGAGUACGAUAGGUUUGCACAGGAUACGACUACCGCCAAGGGGAUCUCGUGUCGUACAAGGUAUCCUUUCUGAAAAGUAUACCCCGAUAAAUCUAUGGAAGAUCUGCCCAGAACGAGGCCAAGUCUCGUGCAACACGACCUAAUUUCUUUUGAUGGUGCACUCUGAACUAUCAUUCAAGAUCAUAAUUUUCUUGUUCGGACAGAACCUGCUUCACUAUUCAUUCUCUCUCAGGAACUCCUCGACGCGCUUCGCGACGAGCAGCGCAUGUACCUCGAGCACGCACUGAGUGUGGGCUUCACCAUUCUGCAGCAACUUGCGCCGUCGCUGCCGCCCGAAACCUUCGGGGCGAGGCUGGAUGCGGCGCAGGUGCGGACUCUGUUGGCAAAGGACAACAACAGUACUACCAGUCUGCCGGCAGACGACGAGCUGAUUGACGACUUUGUGGACACCGUGAUUGCGGCGAGCAACGGCUUUCUCACCCUCCGCGCGCCGCCAACGUCGGUUUUCGACUUCGCUCAGAUUCCCGGCCUGGUGGACCGGGUGUUGCCCAAAACGGCUUCGGAAAAAACCACAACUUUCAGUCGCCGCGCGUCAAAGGCGGGCGGAGCUGCAACUGCCUCGUCGGGUUCGUCCAGCAAAAGCUCCACUUCUGUCGGCGUUGUUUCGGCGACGAACAAAGUAGAAAAGCAGCUACAAACAGACGCAAGUACGGCCGGGAGUGCAGGCAAAGCCGGCGCGGAAGAGGAAACCGCAGGAGGCUCUACGUCUACCACGAUGAAAAACAAAGCGCAGCAUUUGGUUCCUUUGCUCUUUUUCGAACUGUCGCAAACCAUGCGCCGCAACGACAUCAGCCUGGGGAGUGCGUUCAAGUCGCUAGACCGCGGCAGUAAGGGGUUUCUGGAUUUCAGCGACCUGCGCCGCGCUGUGACGACGGUUCUGCAGGAGGAAGAUAGUGGCAGCUCUUCCUCUGCAGCAGACAUUACCGCGGAGGACCUCGGGGUGAAACCAACGUGGACACUGACCCUGCAGGCUUUCGAGCAAGCAACAUCCUUCGACCUGGAUGCGUUCACAAACGCUUUGCCGAGCGUUUUCGAGGAUCAGGGCUCCCUCCCGUUGAAGGUUUUCCAAGAGCGCAUGUGCGACCAGAACGGGAUUCCCGUAUUUGAGCUGAAGAACCUCCUGGCGUUGAUUUACCCCGGGGCAAGUUCAACAUUGUCCGCAACCGUCGAAUCAGCUCGCACGGUGGACCGUGCCAGCUGCGAAACUUUCGCCCGAGCCAACCGAGCGGCAACAUCUACUUCGGGAGGUGCUGGGAGAAGGCGAUUUGGAGGCAAUUCGUCUUCACUGCAGAAACCAGCAAAUCGGAACGAUUCCGGGAUGAACCUGUUUGUGUUAGAAAACGAAGUUAGGUCACCGUCCGGAGGUGCAGCCAGGGGGCCUGGUCGUACCAGCAAAUGCUCCACGGCGUUCGGCGUGUCGGGAUCCUCAGCUGCGCGGCAAGGAACUACAACCACUGGCGAGCAGCAAACCGAUGUAGAAAAAACCUGGCGCAAGUUUCAGCAGGCGGACAACAAGCUCGCAGUGUCCUCGUUUCUUCUUGACCAAGACCAAGACAGUGUGGACAGCAAGGAGCUGCUGCAAAACUUGCUGGACAAGUGCAAUUUGACGGAAAGCGAGUGCCUGCAGGUGCUGCAAAACGCUUCGGCGCUGACAAACUUCUACUUCCGCUACACAGGAGGUGCAGGUGCAGCUGGUGGGAUCGCUGCUGCUGGUAGUCCGACGUUGACGAGAACUAUCAAAGACGACACAGGAGAUGAACAGCAGACCGGCUAUAAAGAUUCUUACCCUCUCCGUCGGCUCUCCCUUCUUCCUCUCAUCACCUCUGAUUAUGACGAACACGAGCUAGAAAUCCGCGUUCUGGGAACCGAUUUGACUUUAUGAAAGCGCACAACCCAAGAACACGAGUCGUCGCCCUCGUUUGUCAUGCAAACUGCGAAAGCGAAAACGAAAUGGAAAUAUAAAUAUAGGGAAAGCUGUUUCUGUUCUUGCUGGCCGUGCCCCCUGGUUAGAACUAGGCGCAGCAGGGGGACCACUAUAAACAAUUGCGGUCUUGUGCCCUUUCAUAAAUGUCGCUCCCUGCCGGCACUUCCGAAAACGGAGGAAGCGGCGCACAGCCACGGUAUUUUCUCCGCUACGCCUGCCACGGCACGACGUAUCAAGCGCAAACCACGAGUAGCCAAGCGGGUGGCUUCUACCCUUUGGACUUUGCUGCGUCGCACACGUUUUGCUUGGCCUCAAAUGCGGGGGACAGUCUGACGGACCUGCUCAUCCAGGAAGUGCGGCUAGGAACGCUUUCCUGCGGCCUGUUGCUCGAUGUGGUGCGUGUUUUACCGGAGAACCGCGGUGGGAGCAAUUACACUUCCGACGGCACAGCUACAACAGGUGCAUAUGAACUUUUGCAAACAUGAUGUCUGGGUCAAGAACAUCUCCUGGAAUACAGAUUCGAGUAGCUUGUGAUGCUGUUUGUGAGAGGACACACAAGACGAGUGAACCUGUAAUGCGUAAUAUGGCAGAAUGCAUGUUCAUCUGCCACGCUGUUGAGAGAUGAAGAUUUCUCAUGCGCAACAGGCACUGCAAAUCCGUCGCAUGAAAACUUGUGAUGCGGGGCCCUGCGUACGCGUAGUUCCAGACCAUAUCUGGGCCAUGCCAAACCUGCAUGUAGUUGACAAGAAACUUUAGCACGUAGUUCCAGACGUAGAGAUCAUGUAGUUUGCAUUUGAUAAAACAGCAGCAGGGACGACGGUGAACAACACCCGUAGCGCGUUGCGGUACCUCGAUAACACCGCUUCCAGCAGCAGCACUGCGGUUACCGUCGGUCGCUGCGUCUUUCCGACGGAGGCAAUCGCCGCGUUCUUGGACGACGUUGCCGAGGCCAAAGGCGGUUGGAAGGCCGAGGCUUUGCUGGGCGCCACGUGGGAAAACCCGGUGCCGGUGUUGUCCAGUGACGGGACGAGACUUGGCAGCGUCGUGGUCCGCCUGUUCUACCAGAUUCGCCGGGCUUGCACCGCAAAGGCCCCGCGUUGGCGGACCACGUUUGAAGGCAACAGCCUGCUGUCGUACCAAAUGCGCGCUGGCGGGGGAGGGGGUGGUGGAGCAGGACCAGCAGGAGCAAGCGCUGACCUGCUUCUCCCAGGAAUAACUUUGAACGGCGCUGGCGCAGCACUUGACUCUUCGCUACCGAGGAGAAAAAGCGGGGACUACAGGAGCGCCGCGCAAGCAGACACAGCGUUUGCGAUGUCAUCAUCUUCCACUGGAGCUGGUGGUGGUGCCGGUGGUGCCGGCAUGGUGUUUUUCCCGCCACUUUCCACGGUGCGGGGCUCAUGUCUAUCCGGUGGAGGUGCGGUCUCCCGUGUGUCUCGAACAGAGCAAACGGUGGAGAACACGGUGGGGAUCGAGAUUGGGUUGUCCAGGGGCGAGUUGAAUCCCGAUCUGUUCCGCCGGCUCGCGGAGCAGUGGUACAAAAGCUCGCUGCAACCCAGCGUGUCCACAAGCGUGUUGGACAUCCAGAGUGUGCGCGUGGUGCUGCGCAUCGGUUUGUUCCCGAACCACCCGAAGUUGCAGGCGGCCUGCGGUGGCGCCUGGAUUUCGGGAGAGCCGAAGCCCAUGUCGUUGGCAUCCUUGUUGUUGGGAUGGUCGUCCGCUUCCUCGUCUUCAGGUAAUAAAAACGGCAGCGCACCAGCAGGAGCACCAGCACCUACAGCAGCUGGAGCAAUUUCUGCUGCGAACAAAGCUACUGCUGCCGCACCGGCUGCAGCAGCAGGAGGUCCCACAGGAGCUACAACUACUAGCGCAGCUUCUGCAGCAAACGCAUCUACUGGUACAACAAGUGCGAUGAAGCCCUCUUCAGCGCUUCCUCCGCAAAACGGCGACCUAUCCCCAGUGGCGGCAGCGAAAGCACGCAUGGCCGGCGGGACGGACAGUCAGCCGGUGGUGGCGCAGUCCAUGGACAGCUCCGUCGCGAAUUCGGCCGCGAAGGCCGCGGUCGCGUCCCUGAGUUUCAUGCCAAGUGCUUCAGCAAGCAAAGCGGCUGGUCCUGCUGGUGUUGUUCCAGCGGCGUCAAGUACGAGCUCCAUGAGCAAUUUCAGACAAGCUCCCGCCACGGGGUCUUCAUCAGGGUCAACUCCCGCUACAACCAGCAAACCAGGCUACACUGCUCUGGACUUCGGCGACUGGCUAUGCACAGAAAAAAACCAACCCACAUCCAAUUUGUCAUGCAAAACACGUAUGAAAUCAUGUGUUUGCCAUGCAAAAAAUGGAUGUGGAUGGGUUUUUUUCUGUGGAUACUGGCAGUGGCAAUCCCCUUUGCUGCCGCCGACCCCGGGGUUCUUCGAGGCUCUCAAGUCCGACAUCGGCGUGAUUGAGCUGUGGCUGGUAAUCGAGCAGAAUGACGAAUUCCACCAGCUGGACCGCGCGAAGUCGGUGGAGGUGUGCCUCGCGAAGGACACCUUCCCGCUCAAACUGCUGCACAGCCAACUCGACGCGUCCAAGGCACAAUCCGCAUUGGUGUUGAACCGCAAGGCCCAGUUCCACGCGAAGGUAGGCGGGCCGGAGAGCAGCAGUUCCUCCUCUGCGUUUCCCGCCGGAGGAGGACCGGGAGGUGUGAACAGACCGAUGGGAGGUACUACAACUGGCCCUGGUGCAGCAGCUGCCCAAGGCGCGACCUUCACGUCCGGUGGGCCGGCUAACGUCGCGGUUUCCACCUCAGCCGGAACCACGAUGAUGGCCCAGCCAAGUUCCGCGCAAAUGGCCGGCCCGUCCGGCGCCAUGAGUUCUGCUCACCAACAACAGCUGUUUCUGCAGCAAAGUGCGGGGGAGUUCCUAGCGUCCGUUGACGUGAAAUUUUCCAUCACCCUACCCAACGCGGAUGUGAUGAGCUUGCUGUAUCUGACCGGGAUAAACGCGGACUCAUCUGGAGCUGCGAGCAAUAAACCAGGAGUCGGAUCCUCUACUCUGCCCGCUAUGCCGAAAGCGCCCUCUGCAAGUUCCUUCGGCGGGCCGACCUCGGUGUACGGGGGCAGCGCCGUGUCCUCGGUGUACGGGAGCGCGGCGAUGGCGCAACCCUCGUCGGCCGUACCGAAACCUGGCGCUCCUGCUCCGGGCGCUGCUGUUCCACCGGCUCCUGCUCCACCGCCUCUGCCGAAGGAGAUCACGGGGCACGAGCGCAAGAUGCUGUUGCGGCUGAAGGGCGCCGUGGUCCGGAACGGUAUGGUGGGGAACAAUGUCUGCUACUACGUGGAAUACGCUUUGACCACCACCGCCGGGGCGACUACCAACCACCGGAGUUUGCCGCUACAAGUCACCGCGUUUUUGGACGCGCCCAACUCUAGUUGGGCGCAACUCGGGCCGGUGGACGAACUGGUACCCAUUUAUCCACUGAGGAAAAACUACACCCGUCUACUCUCCUGUCCACCAAUUUGUCAUGAUGCAAAACGUGCAUCAGAUGCAUUGUCUGUCAUGCAAAAAGUUGAUGAUGAUCUCCAGGGGAUGGGUUUAGUUUCUUCCUGGAUACCAUUGCAAUUCCCGCGAAACCGAAAACCAUCCCAGCCCCAGAGCAGAUCGUGCGAGUGGCGGCCAAGCUGUUUCAAAUCGGCGGGAGUGGGGCGGGUAGGAUUGGGUUUUAUCCUUGUUUUUUUCUGAUGUAGUCACUGUCGCGUAACCAGAAAGUAUUUAUUUCUAUGUAUGAGUUACAGCUGCGGCCAUUAGUCAAAAUCCUCAUAUUUUGAAGAACGAGGAACUUCCUUCCUACCACAGCUCCCGCCUGCAUCGGCGAGGGCAGUAUGACACUCUACGCGGACGUGGGUGCGAUCGAGACCAGCGCGUGGGGCAGCUUUUCCUCCAAAACGGAACUCGUCGGAAAGUUUUUGUUUUCCUACCAAGUCUGCGUUCCGGGGCUGGAAACGGAUUUGCGGGUGGACCCAACGACGUCGUUCCCGCCCUUGAGUGGUGCUGCAAUUUCAGUGCCCUCCGAUCCUACGGGUGGUGGAACAACUGCUCGUGGUGGACCACCUGCUCCCAUGUUGAUGCUCCCGUCCAGUUUAGUGACCCCCUCCUACAGCAUCCCGAGCGUGGCGACCCAAACCAAGUGGAGCUGGGUGCUCGGGCACGGCCCGCCCACGAUCGCCGCCGCGAAAAAACUGCGUCCGCCCCUGGAGCUGAUCAUGGAAGUGCUGUGCAAGUUGCUCGCCGACGAGCAGAUCGCGAGCCAAGGUGGUGGUGGAGCGGCUUAUGCAUUGCAAAAGUACUAACUAUCGCCGUCGUACUAAAAAAUGCGGUCAUGCAAGACAUUUUUUUCCGAAGGUGUACUUUCGUAGCAUUACAUCAUGAUCAUGCUGAGCAACUUUGUAUAUGCAAUUAGAAUUAGAAUUACCUUUAUCAAUAGCCGCAGCACUAGUACGACAGCGAUGCAACUUUUGCGUUGCAUACAGCCGGUUCAUCUGGAGGAGGGGUUGCUGCGGCACCGCAGCCACAGGUGGUGAACCUGAUCACCCGGAUACAAGACGCUUCGUACCGAAAGGGCGGCGCGGAGGGAACCGUCUUGAAAGACAUGAUCACUUCAAUCGUCCCCAAGUGCCUGCUGGAGGGGUUGAUGGUGUCCUCUUCAGUGGGUGAUGAUGCUGGUGCAACUUCUGCUGCCGUGAAGACUAGCACAACUUCCUCUUCCUCAUUUUUCACGACUUUGUUGCACCAAUCCGUCCCUGUCGUCCACCAUUUGCGCGAGAAGCCGAUAUCUACAGGAAGUUUACUCCCGUAUUACAGGACGCACAAAAUGAAAAUGCACUAUUGCAUGACAAAGUUUUGCUGCUGGUAUUACAAUCAAACUCAGCAUUACCCCACAGCUUUUGAUAGCAGAUGGUCCGUGUAGUACGAUGCUAGAUUUGUGUUGCAUAACCCAUGGACGCACUGUACACGGUCGAAGCGCUGCUGUUCUACCUCUCCCUCCGUGCGGUCGCGCAAAAGUUGCAGCCCUGCUGGCUGAAGUUACGGACGAAGCUGUUCGACUUUUUGGCGAAAAACAACAGCUCCGUGGUUCCCCUGCGGUGGUCCGAGUUCCGUCGGUUGGUGGACUUCGCGCUCGCGGAAGCGGACCAGAGUCCGCUACCGGAGAGUUACUGGAGUUUCUUGCGACAGCAUCCGACAUGGUGGGACCCGGUCACCGGGGUUUUCGAUGUCGUCGCCUUUCUAUCAACUGCAAAAGUGUCUGGGUCUGGAAGAGUGCCAGACUUGUCAUGCAGGUUUUCCAUGUCCCAGGAGGUCUGGCAUGUAGGACAUAGCAUGACAGAUUCUGUGAGAGUUCUAUCAUGCCUUUGCAGCAUGAGAAACUACCUGUCGACUAGGUCAAAAGUGGACAGCUUUUGGCAAUCAUACAACACAGAGCUUUUACAUGAUUCAGAUUUAGCAUGGCGGGUAGCGAAGGUUCAGAUUUAGCAUGACAAGUAUACUUUGUUCCAGACCCAGACGCUUUUGCAUUUGAUGCUUUGUAGUCGACCUGCAGCUGUUCCCCGACAUCCAAGAAGUUUUGCGCGAGGUGAACGACGCAUCAGCAGUAGAUAAAAACAAGCAGCCUGCAGUGACGGUGAAUUCCCUUCUCGCAUCGUCAACAACGUCUUCGAGAAUUAUGAACACUGAUUUUCAACACCACCAGCUGGAGCGGCCGUCCCCGUCCUCCCGGGACGUCGUGAUGCAAGACGCAUGGUCCCCGAACUACGGGACCUUAUCAGGAGCCGGAGUCGUUGGUGGAACUUCAUCUACCGCUGCCGCAGGAGCAGCUUCCUCGUCCUCCUACCUGCGCGGGGGCGUGUCGCCAGCGCGAUCAAUCAGUGCCGCGACGAGCCGACCAAACGGUGCUGGAGAUAAUAACCCUGUCGUGUGGAAAUCGUUGCAGGACAUUGAGUGGCUAGAAGCGAAGCUGCAGAACAACCUGGCCCAGCUGGAAGAACGGGUCUCCUCCAUAAAGAACGCCGCCAGCCGCGAGCGGGAAGUCGUGGAGGGUACGUUGCUGCGGACGUCGCGUACUAACGGGAAUUUUGUCUCCGGAUCCCAAAUUCAAAAAUUUUGAUCCCCUGGGGCUGAGAGGUAGCCCCGGAGGGGUAAUGGCGACCAGGCGCGAUCCGGUAGGCCGGCAGAAGCGACGAAGACCCGGCAGGGCCGACGACUGGCAUCAGGCUGGGAAGCUAUUGCGGCGCUGCGACUUUCCGUGUGUGGGCAGCGUCCCAAGGCAAAAUCGCUGGCAAAUGGCGCGGCACUUUUUCCAAUGUUUUGGACCCUGCCCAUUUUGUUGAGUUCUCAGUGUCUCCGUUUGGGGGCUUUGAGUUUGGCGCCUGUUGGUUUCUGUUUUUGAGCUAUGGUGGGAGCAAGAGAAGCCAAAGGGGGUCGCGCUUUUAGCUGGGGACUGUCAGCGCAACUGUGGCAAAAGUGCUCCUAUAGAAACGCAAAGAAAAUUCGGCCUCCCAAAAUUGUCUCCAGACUUGACUGAGGGGUCAAACGCGACCCCCCUUCCAACUAUGGAGACAAUUUUGGGAAACCGGCAAUAGGUCGGUCCCAAAAUUGUCUCCAUAGUUGGACAUGGUGUCGCGCGGACCUUCGCGCAGACCCUCGCGCGGGUUGGUCUGGGUCUGGAAAAGUGUAGCGCUUUGUGAUGCUUGUCCGGCAUGCGCCAGAAGGUCUGGAUUGCGAACUGUAUCAUCGCAAGUUUUGCCACGGCUCCGCAACGCCUAUCCUGCGUGAAGAGAGGCAUUGCCUUCCAGUGGCCUAAGCUGAAUCUCGUGCAAAGUGCCUCGCUGUAUUAUAGAACGCUUUAUAGAAUAGGGAAUAGGGAAACGGGUCUCCUCCAUAAAAAACGCCGCCAGCCGCGAGCGGGAAGUCGUGGAGGGUACGUUGCUGCGGACGUCGCGCGACGGCGGAGUAAUUGGAGGGACAACGACUGCAACGUCAAUUUUCGGAGGUGGUGGAGGGUCAAUCUCGCCCGCGCGGUCGCUGUCCCCGCCGGUUCUGCGGGGAGCGGGCGUCACCGGGUUUGCGACCGCCGCUAGGUUUGACGUGGCCGGGGCUAGUACUUCUGGUAUAGUACAUCAGCCUGCACCAGGAGGUUCUGGUCCUUCAAAUUUCUACGAGCAGCGCUGGGAAAGCGGUAUGCAAUGUAAAUUUCCCGUACAUGUACAAAAUGCAUGACAAAUUUCGCUAACUUGCAGUGUCCAACUUGUCAUGCUAGACUAGGAUUGAAGGCGAGACUGCAUUUGGACGUCGUGCACGGAAAAUUUGCUGUGGAUAAGCGGGGAGGCAGAGUUACAAACCUACGAAUCGGACCAGCUCCGGGCUUUGCACCUGCAAAACAUGGCGGAACUGGACUCCCUCCGGAAGCGCAUGACGCAAGACAACGCGAGUGCAGCUGGAAGUGGUCUCGUCGGAACUACGAACAGUAGUUCUAGUUUAUUUGGAGCAGCAGCUGGUCCUUUUGGUACAGCAGGAGGGGCCACGACCUCUCCCACCUCCGUGCCGGCAUCGAGCAGCAGUGCAAGUUUCGCAGUACAACACCAACCGAAGUCCCCGUUUUUGUUCGCCAGUGGAGCGAGCGCGGAACUACAACCGCCGCUUGCGAAUGUUACGGUUGGCCUUCCAGCAGCCACGGAUUUCUCAGGGGGUGGGUCCAAGGCGUCCACAGCAACAACCGGGCUGGCCGCGGGAGAGCAACAGCAACAGCAGCUGAAGUCGAGCACGGAGUACGAGCGAUUUUACAGCACUGCUUUGCAGUCUCUGCUGGCGCAGCCGCAGCUCCGCGCGUCGACGUCGUCUUCGCAAAAGACCGCCAGUGUGGAGUUGUCUUUCCAGAACGAAGACCCGUUUCUCUUCUCAACGAUACAACAGCCAACGUCGUCGCAUCAAAUUAUGAGCAGCUAUGGUGCACCAGCGCCGUCAAGAACCGCGUCCUCACGGACGAUGCAGCAACACGCUCAAGGUUCAUCUUCCGCCGAGGUCGCGUAUCCACCGGAGCAGCAGGUUUAUCAACAGCGCCAAGCCGCGAAGGCGACAUCGAGUGGCCCUGCCGCAGCGUUGCGCUUGAGCGAAGAUGAGCGGAUUUUGGCGCACCAGGUAACCCGCAUUCAGGCAGAACUUCGGAAAAGUUCGCAAAGUCCCCGAAAACAGCAAGCGGGUGGUACUAGUAGUACUCCGAGUGUUCUUGCUGGUGUAGUUGGAGACCAAAUUAUGCAGAAUAGUUCCGAUCUCCCCACAACUUCCGCUCCUGCGCCACCGCAACCCAUAGCGCCAUCCUCCUCCAGUACGGCGGCGAAAGCAAGGCCGGCAGAGCAAUUGUUUGCGUCGGAAGAGGAGACACAGCGAAUUUUUAGCAUAUUAACUGGGGGACGAAACAAACCGGAUUCGGAAUGAGAAGAUCAUGCUGACGGCGAAGCAUUGGAAAUGCGACGGUAAAAAGAGCUACAGGAUGGGGACGGGAAUGUAUACGUUUGAAACAAUUUCUCACCGCAAGAGUGAAAAUCAUGGCUACAACAACUACAGUACCGGAAAGCAUCUUGGUGUGCUGCAAGUUUUCACUAGGCGGCUCCUUUCUGCCAAAGUAUGAGGAUAUUUGCCUCGCGGCUCGCGUCCAGGGCCAAACUGUCUUUUGGAUGUUUUUUUCACUUGCUAAACAUAGCGACUUAAUGGAAAGGAACUCGUGAUGAAACUGCAGGCAGCGGAGCAUAAAGGUCUUUUAAGAUAGUAGAGCGAGUUUCAAUUUUAUCACGAAUUCAUCAUCAUAUGCUCCUUGCAGCAUCUAUCACGUUGACCACGCCACACCAUUCCACGAAACGGACGAUCGUCUUCGUCCUACACGGCGUUGCAGACGCAGAGUGUGACGACGUCUCAACACAACUCGGGAAUAGUGGAAAAAUACUGCAAGAAUAAUGAUUUUUCUCGAACAGAAAAAACUAAAACUAUGAAUAGUGUUUAGCUGCUAAUAUAAUCUUCAGCGUCAGCCGCAAGAGUGAUACAGGGUUUUUCAAUUGCUUCGUGCAUGAUACCAUAAUUACCAACGACAAAGACGAAAAAAUGUUUCGAUGAGUACUCGUUCUCAUCGUCGCAAACCCGAUGGAAGUAGUCAAUUUUUAUUGAAGAUGAAAGAGAAACCCGGCGUAGGCACAGUGAGAUGAUCACUCGCCGUUUUCUAAUUAUGGCAGUGGACGCAGACGAACAGUGAAGAUAAUGAACAAAAUGCACAGGUGGGACAAAAUUAUUAUGGCGCGCGCUACUAGUGAUUGUACAUCGGAACAGAUGAUUGAAUUUCGAUCUUAACUGCCGGAUGGAUGUGUUAGCACUUGAAUGACCACAUUAUACUCACAUGAU